CGAGCUCAAACCAUGAUAGUAAGUUAGAAAGGAAGACGAAAUCAUUGUGACGAUUGUCCAUAGUGGUGCACAAAUAACAAAGCUCUUCCUUCUCAGCUGAAAGUUGCACUAUGCUGCCAGGAUGUACCAAAAGUUAAUUUCCCUCGCUAUAAAACGAGCGCAUUUUCUAAUGAUUUCAAACCCAGAAAGUUUACAGUCGAGAACAGUCAGUCAAGACUUGAAGAUGUCUGGAUUUUUUAUCCGCUUUGCGUCCGUGAUGUGCUUGCUUGUGAUCCUAACAGGACCAAGUUCUGCUUGGCAUGAAUGGGUAUCACCAACUUACCCAAGCGAUUCGAACGAUGUUUUUUAUCAGGCUUUUCAAACUGUUCCCUCCCUCAAUGUGACCGCAUAUCAGCUCAUGACCAACUUUCUGGGCUAUCCGCAUCAGCGUGGUGUUACCAAACGACAAACGUUCACUGUUGAUACUGUAAUAGUUUUGGAUGGGUCUGGGUCGGUUCCUCGUUGCGACUUCUCGAAAGCAAAAGAAGCACUUAAACACUUAAUGGAUACACUGCACAAACCCGGGUACGACUCAAAGUACGCGGCGGUUACCUUUUCAUCCACAGCAACCGUCAACUUCAAGUUUUUACCAUACUCAUCAGCAGCGAGCGAAAUAACUACGAUCUCUUAUUCAGGAGGCUCCACCAACACCCAAGCCGGACUGGCGGAAGCAAAGAAACUGUUUGCCGACCCUAACUCAGGUACUCUUCCUAUAAUGUUUCUUAUUUUACUUCUGCAUUAGCUUUAUUUUAGUUUGUACAA